UGUUAGACGCUGUAAGCGCGGAUACAUUUGGAACAAUCACGAAGCCCAAGAAUCGUGUUUUCCGCUCGCAUCAAAAGGUGCGCUCAGUCGAUGCCUUCUUUCAAUUAAUUGAUUGCUGUAACUUAAAAAAAAAAAUCGGCGCGCAAGAAGGGAAGUGCUUUUCACGUAUCGAUGGAAGGACGCAGGUAACCGGACUAUCGGAUUCAAUUGAAGUAGUUUCCAAGAGGAGUGUCCUCCCGCAUCCCAGAGAUCAUGGCGGCUGGCACGCACUCCCCCGGAGGGCCCAACGGAAUCAUCCGGAGCCAGUCCUUCGCCGGCUUCAGCACCCUGCAGGAGAGACGCUCGCGGUGUAACUCCUUCAUCGGAAACUCGGCGGUGCAGAAGAAGCCCCAGUCCAAGCCAAAGAAGACCCACGUGUCGGGACACAAGGCCGGCAGCGGUUCCUCCCGCGAGCCUCAGCCCAAGAGGGUGGAGGAGGUGCACAGCGCCCUGAAACGAGGCCUGGAUGAAUACCUGGAGGUGCACCAGGCAGAGCUGGACAAACUCACCUCUCUGAUGAAAGACAUGAAGAGGAACUCCAGACUGGGUGUACUGUAUGAUCUCGACAAGCAAAUCAAAACCAUCGAGAGGUACGUUCGACGGCUGGAAUUCCACAUCAGUAAGGUGGACGAGUUGUACGAAGCCUUCUGCAUCCAGAGACGCCUGCGUGAUGGGGCCUGUAAGAUGAAGCAGGCCUUCUCCGCCUCGCCCUCCACGAAAGGCACCAGGGAGAGCUUGGCCGAGGUCAACCGCCGCUGCCGAGAGUACAGCGAGAAUAUGUGCACGUUCGAAGGCGAGCUGGAAAACCUGCUGGGGGAGUUCCACAUUAAGAUGAAAGGUCUGGCAGGAUUUGCACGUCUCUGUCCAGGAGAUCAGUAUGAAAUAUUCAUGCGCUAUGGCCGCCAGCGCUGGAAGCUGAAGGGGAAGAUUGAGGUGAACUCCCGGCAGAGCUGGGAUGGAGAGGAGAUGGUGUUCAUGCCGCUCAUAACAGACCUCAUCACCAUCAAGGUAACAGAGCUCAAAGGCCUGGCUACCCACAUACUGGUGGGCAGCGUCAUCUGCGAGACCAAGGACCUGUUCACCGCCAUGCCACAGGUGGUCGCCGUCGAUGUCAACGACCUCGGCACCAUCAAGCUCAACCUGGAGGUCACGUGGUUUCCGUUCGAUGUGGAGGACCUGACCCUCUCCUCCGGGAACCUGAGCAAAGCCACGGCCCUGCAGAGACGGGUGUCGGUGUACAGCCAGGGCACGCCCGAGACGCCCACCUUCCAGGACACCUCCUUUUUCUCGGUCCUCCCCGACGAAGUCUUCGAGAAUGGCGUCAGCGGUGCCCCCGAGUGCAAGCGUCUCUCCUUCAGCUCCAGCGACACUCCCCGGUCCAGCCCCGCCCCGUCCAACCCCGAGAUCACGGUCACGCCUCCGGAGAGCGACCGGCACCCUCGCCUGGCGCCGGGGGCCGGGGGGGAUGGGCGGCGGUCCGGGGAGGAGCAGGACCGGGAGCCGGACCGAGAGGCGGCGGACACGGCCAGCGAGGCGGAAUCGGAGUGGGAGCGCAACGGCUCGCCCUCUCUGUGCUCCGAGCAGCUUUCGGCGGUGGCCCCCGAGGACGUGUUCCUGGACCACGGGGGGCCCGACGAGGCCUCGGAGGAGCUGAAACCCGUGGAGCUGGACACGGACGAGGGCUGCCUCACCAAGCAGCUGGUGAAGAGGCUGACGUCGGCCGACAUGCUGCCCGAGGCGCCCCUCAGCUGGGGGGGCCCCGAGGUGGGCCGGGGGUCCCCUCUGGAGCCCGGCCUGGAGGAGGCCGUGCAGGGCCUGCUUCUUCGGCUGGAGAGCCUGGGGGAGGUGUGCCGCGAGUUGCAGGAGCUGGAGCAGGAAGUGAUGCGCUUGGAGGACCUGCUGAAGUGUCGGGCGCCCACCCACCGGAGCAGGUCGUCCAGUCUCAGUCUGACGGUUGAGAGCGCUUUAGAGAGCUUCGACUUCCUCAACACCUCGGACUUUGACGACGAUGACACGGGCGAGGACGCCCUUCCGCGCCCCGUGUUCUUUGACAUGGAGGCGGAGCGGAUUGGGCCGGGGCAGCACCCUGAGGCCAGGGGCCACCUGAGUGAAGCCCUGACAGAGGACACCGGAGUGGGGAACAGCGUGGCCGGCAGCCCCCUGCCCCUCACCACCGGCAACGAGAGCCUGGACACUGCCAUCAUCAUUCACCUGCAGUACUGCAGCCAUCUCCUCCAGCUCCUGUCCACCGGGGGAAGCCCUUCGCAACGCAAAGCCUGGCUGCACAAGAUCUCCACUCAGACUCAGCUGCUGGAGGAGCUGGGAGAGAUCAGCACAGAGCGCCUGGGAAGUGUAGUCUCGGCUGCUGAUGUGGUCUCGGGCCUGGCGGAGAAGCCAGCGCUGCUGUCCCUGUGGUCGACCUGCAGUGGCUCCGGGAGCCUGUUCCACACCACGGCAGAGAGGGUGGUCAAGCACAUGGACCGCAGCUUCAGCGCCGCCCUGCAGGCCAGCCGCACACACACCGCCGACUCAAUAAUCCGCCGGUUGGUGAGCGAGAUGAUGGACAGGACCGAGCUGGGCUCCUCCCCCUGCGGCUCGCCCUCCGCUCUGUCCCAGGAGGUCCUGACGGUGUUCCAGUUCCACGGCUACGCCUCCGCACACGGCGUGACGGACAUGUCAGGGCACCUCCUGCAGGAGGCGCGGGAAGCUGUAUUCGUGGAGAGCCUAUGUUCCGAUGACCAGGAUUGGGCCCUCAGGGAGCUGGCGGAGGUGACGGUGUCCAGUCUAAAGCCCCACCCGGAGGCACUGAGAGCUCUGGCCGCGCUCCUGACCGCCAACGCGCCUCAGCUCAGCAAGGCUGCGGCCUCCUUCCUCACCUCCGCCUCCACCCACCCCCCGUUCAGGUCGAAGGCGGUGGAGUGCUACACUCAGGCCCUGUCGGAGGCAGGAGUGGAGGCCCAGAGGGGUGCCUGUGCCGCUCUCAGCUGCUUGCAGGCCUACGAAAGCAUCGAGGCGGUGGUGUCACUGUGCGACUCGGCUGAUGAGGAGCUCCGCCACGUCGCCAUAGAAACCCUCCUCACCCUCGGCGAGGAGGGGCGGCUGGCGUACGAGCAGCUGGACACGGUCCCCAGGGAGAUGGUGCGAUUGGGCACGCGCCGAGGGAACGCCGUCACCACUGCCUUUUGAGAAGGCCUGAUCCAGGACCGCAUGGACCCUCCUCCCCUCCCCCCCGCUAUCCUGAGCCCUGAGCCCUGAACCCGGAGUCCUUGCGGAGGAUAAGGCUGGAUUGGCCCUGGGGGUCCCAGCAGGGGGUACUAGGACACACUCAAGGCUCCUUUCAUUCAGACUGGGUGUUCAUUCUGACCACUAUUAAGCCAUUUCUGUCUGCACAAAGCAUUUUAUUAUUAAUUAUUACUAUUAUUAUGGUUGUCCUAAUUGUUGUUAUUAUUACUACAUUUAUCAUAUUGAGUAUUAAUAAUUUGUUUCAUUGGCUCAUAUUCUUGUAUGUUAUUUUUUUUUUUUUGGUGCUUUGAAAAUUGCACUUCUGUCAUCAGAGGCCUGUAAAUACAGCACAUUAUACAGUGGUUUGUAUGAUGUGGGAAAUUGUACUUGACUUUGUUCUGUUUUCUCUGGUACGUAACGUUCAGUUUCAGGGAUUUUUGCAAACUCUUUUUAUUCGCUUUUGUCAACAUGUAUUGUGAGUUUUCAUGGCCUCUGCUUGUGGAUACUCUGAGACUCAUUGGUGGACUGGUGGACGUGUGGUUCAGGACAUGCUGUGGUGUAGCUUUCUUGCUCUCCCAGAAGGCCGUGUGUGCUCGCCUGCUUUAAGACCGUAGUGAAUACAGACCCUGGCCUUUUCCCAAACGGGUCCGUCACCUCCCUCCGCUCAUGAGCACGGCUGGCACCCAGUGUGGCCCCAGCCGUCUGAUCUGGGGUCAGCACGCUGUUAGAGAGGUCAGAGUAGACAGGGAAGUGGUUUGACAUGCUGCCAGUUAUUUACAGCUGCUCUUACCUGUUGCAUGAAGGCUACCUAACAGUCUAUCGCUGAAGGACUGACCUGGAGCCUGUCUGGAACCAGGGGCUUUUAGCACAGGGGUGGGAAAGAGACACGGGAGUCUGAAGUCAAAAGCUGUGUGAUUAAUUCAGCUAGUGUGCCUACUGUAACAGUACUGCUGAGAUGUUUACCGUGACAAGUUUCUUUACUGUCAUUUUUUUAUGCUCAAGUAUUUCGAUACUUUAACCCUUUUUACAAAAAAAAAAGGAAAGAAAAAAACGCUUUGCGGUACACAUGAAAUUUGAGCUGCAUACAAGCUUCGUAUUUAUAUUAAUGUCACAUUGUUUUCCAUAAUUAUACAGUUUAUUAUCAGGAACAAAAUGACUGCAGUAGUUCUGCAUUGAUUUUGUCUGUAUGCUUUAGACCAUGUCAUUUGUGUGAAAUUGUGUUUAAUCUUUCAUCCCAAAAUGAGACUUCAGAAAACUUAAUACAUUUAAGGACUUGACCAGCACCUUAUUUAUAAAUUAACUCUAUUGUUAUGGGACUACAACAUGCUGGUUUGUAGAUUUUUUUUUUUUCUUGAAUAGAUUGGUACAUUUCCAUAGUUACGUUUGUUUUCAUGAAUUACUUUACCCAAUAUUUGUGGAUAUAUUUCUGUCAACUACAUAGGCAAAAGACCAAAGGGUGUCAUCAUGAAAUCUCUAGGGCAGAUCCUGAAAUGUAAUUAAAUGAAAUAUGAAUGAAUUGAUUCAACUGUAACAAAGUUGGUAACAUUGUUGAAAAGGAAAAUGAGAUGAAACUACAAUUUAGACAUCAAUAUAACUUAAGACAAAAAGCCAUAGUAUUACCAGGAAAAAUAUAAUUUAAAGCAGUAUUUAUGUUGUAACAAAACCAUGUAGUUUUAUAUAAACCUCGAAUAGAAAUGUGUACAGUGUGUAUGAGAUGAAAGCUAACUUUAGGAAUUUGUAUGGCUUUUCAUUGUGCGGCGAAGUUGAACAGAUCUCUUGCUCUCAUUAACAGUCGCACCUUUUUUCCUCUUUGUACUGUGAAUUAUAUUUAAUAUGGAAAUAUUUUGGUUACUAUUCUGUUUUCCUGUUGCUUCUUCUGAAGGUAACACUGUCUUUCUCAGAGAUAUCAAGAGGCCUGUUACAGAUUUUAUACCAUAUUUAUUCCUAAGUCACACAAAGCAUGAACCUAAAUUCUUCUUAAAUACAAAAUUUCAUUAAGUUUAUUGACCCUUUAAACAUCUCCAAUAUCAACAUUUUUGCAACAACUGCAUGAAGCAUUAAUGCUUUCCUGGCAUUAAUACAUAUAAAUUGAAAUCCAAGUCCCUAGGUACAAUCUUGACUUUUUAAGUCCAUCAGACUUGUGACAUGGAGUAAAUUUGGUAAUUUAUUAUUGAAGUAAAGCUGAUUUUUGCCGCACUGAUUACGCGAUAGUCUUUUUCUCCCUUGGGUUCAUUAUUCAGUAUUCAUUCAGUUCAUUAAAAGUGGCAAUAAAGUUUAUUUUUUCAUAA